AUGGCGGCGGCGGACCUGCAGGAGCUGCGGACGCUGGUGGAGCGAGCGGGCGGCCGGCGGGCAGUACUGCUGGUGGCCGAGGUGGCGGAGGGAGCCCCGGCGGGGCCUGCGCUGGCCGCCUUCGCCCGCGACCUCCUGGACGACGAGGCGCCGCGCGCAGCGUGCCCGGGGCCAGUGCCGGGGUGCCGGACGCGGCGCUCGCCGGGCGCCGGGGGCCGGGCGCUGGGAGCGCGGCUGCUGCUGGUGCUGUGCGGCGGCGGGGCGGCGCGGGACCGUGGGGCGCGGACUCGCCUGCGGGAGGUGGUGCGGGACGUGCGCGGCCGCCUGCCCGCGGGGCCGCCGCCCGCCGUCGUGGGUGUCCUGCUGCCCGGCGGGGACGGAGAGGACGCGGCGGUGCUGGACGCGGCGCUACGGUGGCACUUUCCGGCGCCCGGCACGGUGCAGGCGGCCCGGUACAGCCCGGGCAGCCCCGGCGAUUGCCGCGCCGCCGCCUGCCGCGCUCUGCGGGCUGCCCUGCAGCACCCCGCAGAAGACAUGAAAGACAGGGAGAGGUGGAGGCUGCCAUCCUUCCUGCAGUGCAUUUCUUGGAACCAGAGGAGCUGGAGAAAAGAUUACAAAGCAAAAGCUGAAAACAACACUCAUGAAGAUGACCUGCAGGACCCUGAGGAAGAAGUGGCUCUGGCCAGCCUUUCCCCCAAUGGAAACUGUGAAGAAGCUGCUGGAGGCACAGGCACCUAGAGCUGCUGGGCAUCCAACAGAGUCCACAUCCCAGACCUGCCCAGUGGAUUUGGAGCAAUGGGAGCAGGAGCUGGUGCAGGCCCUCUCUUCCAAGAACCCACAGCUCCAGGGAAAAGCUGCUUGGCUGAACUCAUCAGGGCUUUUUUAGCUGCCACCAGCACAGAGGGUCUGUGCCAGAGAGCCAUUCCCUGCUGCCCAGGGGCACUUGGAGCUGCUGCUGGACACUGGGCUACUGAGAAGCCCUUUGGGAUGUACCCCACAUCCUGGACAAUAUGACUUUGGGACUUUGAGUGUGAAAUGCAGCCACCUGUUUGAAGAAUGAGAAAUGUUUCCUAAUUCUGAGCAAAGUUCCCUGCUGAGGUUGCUGGGGCUGGCCUCCCUGGCAGACUGAUUCUGCUGUCUUGUUCUCCUACUUUAUUGGUGCUUGGAAGUUCCCACCCUCUUUGUGAUCAAAACCCAAAUCAAACCAAAACAGAACAAAAAAAAAAAACCCCACCAAGUAACACCAGUGGCUUGGAGACUGCAGUGGGACUAAGUGUAAGCUCUGGGAUCUACCAGCUACUGAAAAGGCUUGAAUGUAGCAGUGUAACAUUCCAGUAACAGCCCAGCUUGAGGGGCAGGAGUAACAGGAAGGAAACUGAUGGUACUGGCACCUAGAUCAGAGUGGGCUUUGGAGCAGGAUCUGUCCCUCUGGCCUGUCCUGGUGCUCAUAGACUGAGGGACACCUGGCUUGGAGGGUGGCAGGUGGGCACUAAGGGGUGGCUGCUGCUAGAUGGGGCUACAGGAGAGGGCCAUCUCACCUGGCAGAUCUCCACAGGCAUGGUGGCACAUCUUGGAGGUGGCCUGCAGCACAAGAGGUGGCUGUUUCAUAAAUAAACAUAAAAAUAUAAAAAUUAUCUAUUUAAGUAGUUCCAAAGGGUUGCCUGUAGCCUGUGGGGCAACACAACCAACUAGAAAUCCUUGGUUUACAAGCAAUAUUAUUCUAAUGCUAAGAGUAUCUUUUAAAUUCUUUAUGCAAUAUAAAAGAGGUCUUGUUUUAUUUUGAGCACUAGCUUGAGGCUGGCUUUCCUUUAGGAGUUUCCUCCAGCUCAGAUCAGAAAUUUCAACCUGCCUACCUCUACUUUGGGUUAGUUGCCAAAGUGCAUCCUCUGUGCAUGUCUGUCCUCUCUCUGGCUCCUUUUUCCCCACUGGCAGCAGAAGUUUCUGGAGUCCUGCCAGCUCUGGCCAGCACUCUGCCUUUGGCAUCCCUCUGGCUCUUACCUGGAGCAGGGAAUGCUGCUCUGCACAGAGGGCACUGACCCACUCUCCUUCCAGCCUCCAGGAUUUCUGUGCUUAUGACCUGUGCAAAACAUAAAUGUAACCAAGUGACUUGGUGUGGGUGGCUGUGUUACCGGCCCCACAUUUCAGCACUGAGCACUCAGUGCAUCUUGCUGAGAUUAAGGCUCCCUCCUGCUCCAUCCCUGCACAGCCCAGGUCACUGCACAGGUCUGUAUUUCCCAGUAAAGCCCUUGGUUAGGUGGGUCAAGCAGGACUCACCAGGAGCAAUCUUUAUUUUCUUGCAGCAUUUAGCCUUUGCUGCUAAGCAUUCUCCAAUGAAGAGGUGGCCCAAGAGCACAGACUGGCAGUUAAACCUCCCUUGGUGCUGCAAAUCCACUGGAUUUACUUACUGGUAAUUUUUAGGUAAAUAAUGCAAGUUUAUCCCUGCAAGAGACUGGUGGAAGUGGAUGAACUGCCUGGGCCUUAGGGGGUGUGAAUGAGAAUAUAUUUGACCAAAAGUAUUGUUUACUUUUUUUUUUUAGCUUUUCUCUGUUCACUAUCUGUGCACUUGGAGGUGUAAGCAGAUAGUUUUACAUGUUUAAUUG